CAAAAUGGGCCAUGAAGUAAUAUUUAAUGAUCAUGGAGUUAGAAAACAAGCCAUCCUAGAUUACAGAAAUAUUGGUUUUACAUAGUUGCCAUAUUGGAUUUAAAGUGGGGUAACUUAUGAUUUACUGCAUGGUAGCUUAGAAAGUCCUAAGUUCACAGUCAAACGUUCAGCUCUAAAUCAUUCAGUCACUGUGUCAUCCCAUUAGCCCCGGCUCAGACAGUAGUGUCACUAUCCUGCCAACCAGUCAUUUUUUUUCUUGCAACAAAUCAUUCAGCCUGUAUAAAUUUUUGUCCCCUCAGUCAACCAGUCAGCUAUGCAGUCAGUCAGUCAGCAAAUCAGUCAAACAGACAGUCCGUCAGUCGGUCAGCCAGUUAGUCAACCAGUCAGUCAGUUAGUCAGUCAGCCAGCCAGUAAGUCAACCAGUCUGUCUGUUAUUCAGUCAGUUAGUCAACCAAUCAGUCAGUCAGUCAGCCAGCCAGUCAGUUAGUUAGUCUGAGUCAUUCAGUCAGUUAGUCAGUCAGUCAAUAAGCCAGUAAAUGAGUUGGUCAGCUAGUCAGUCAUUCAGUCAGAACAUCAGUCAGACAGUCAGACAGUCACUAAGCCAGUCAGUUAGCCAGUCAAGUAGUCAAUCAGCAAGACUGUCAAUUACUGAUGCAGGCUGCAUAAGCCAUAAUGUAGAUUGCAUGUCUGAUCUUACCUACAGUCAGGUUUACAUCUUUUAUCUUCCAUGUGAAAAUCAAAUCAUGAGAACUUUAAACAAAGUUCUAAACACAGUGCUAACAAAGUUUAAAAUUUGAAAUAGUUUUCAAAUUUCAAAUUGAAUGAUAUUUUAGUUAUCAGCCCAUUUUAAUAUUUUACAAAGUUGUUGUUUGAUGAAGUGCGAGGCUUAACAAUAUUUUUGGCUAAAAUUCUGGAGUUGUUGAGUUCAGAGACUGCCAUUUGAGUCGGAGAUUUUCUUUUCAGCAACACUCUAAACUAAAUUCAUGGCUUUCUGUUGUUAUCCUUUUUCAAAACAGUUUAAGUGUAGUGAAGUGUACGUAAGGUUCUUUUGAACAAGAAAAUGACUUGACUGAAUAAUAAUAUCAAACUCCAAUGCACAUCAGUGUACAUGUAAGCUUGCAGUACAUUAUUACUUUUUGUGGCCAAAAUUAAAGCCUUUUUUUGUCAAAAAUAAUGUUUCCUUUUUUAGCCAAACUUUCACCAAAUUAAUGCUGCUGACACAACGAUUGUGAGCUUGAAUAAAAAAGGUUGGCACUAUUGGGUCAUUGACAGUGUAGUUCUUUGACAAUGACUUUGCAAUGCAAUUUUGCACAUGGGGGUGAUGUAAAACUGCUGUAAACUAGCAGAACUUAGCUCAUACCUAUAACAUAACUGUGGCAAAACUGAUCAAAAGCAAACUAAUACUUAUCCAGGAAUAAUAAAUUGCUAAAUCUAUUUGGCAUGAUUAAUUUUCAAGCCAAAUGUUUAGACACACAAUAAACUAGGAUUUAUUAUAAAUUAGCAGUGUUUAUUCAACACCUACAAUGGAUUGUAGGUUGAGUGACAUCCACUAAAGUUGCUCAAAUUAUGCUUAGUUGUCAAGAUGCACACAGUUAAGUGUUUUGAACGUUUUCCUUCACUUUGUGAAGACAGUGAAUUGGAUGGUUUCUUGAGCCUCAAACACAGACUGUUAUUUCCUAAAAUGGUUUAGGGUCUAGUCAAUUGCAUUUAUCCAUCAAAAUCUGACUGUAAAUAGAUCCAAUCUCUUUUCUAAAUUAACUGCUCUGAGAUCAUAUUCUAGAUUUUCUUCAAAAACUUACUUUUUGGAAAAUUAAGCAAACAUCAUUAUUUUGUUUUGAACACCAACUUCUCCAUAACAAAUACAGUGGAAUUGACAAGGAUCAUCAGAAGUGGAAACUACUGCCUUUUAUUUUUUUUACUUCUAAUUUCCAACAAAGUUUUAUCAAUGAGUCUUGUGGCAAAAAACGGUGGAGAAAGGAAACUCCAUACACCUUGAAUCGUGUGAAUGAUGUAGUAAACUACUGGGUGCGCGCACGCAAACCGACCCCUUAAAAAUAUCUUCUAUUGUUAACUUCCUUAAUGUAAUGUCCUGGAUAAGAUAAGUAAUUGUCUUUUGAACAAGCCAGCCACAUUUUAUUUAUGUGGUUCACUCAAGAGCUGGAUUACAAAGCAAACUAUGCAGCCCUUACAGUACUGAAGAUAACCUCUAUUCUUAACAUUGAAGACUUGAUCCAGUCUGUUUGUGGCAUGUGCAUCUGACCUGGAAGAAAAAAAAACACAAAACAUUAGCAACAGGAUAAAACUAUCUAAAGUCAGGGGUUUCAAGCAGCCAUCUGGUUAAAUUAGAGAUGGUAAAAAUGUGUAAACAGCUGUAACAAUGAGGGGCCCAUAAGUCCCCCUUUUCGUGGGUGUUUUUUUUCUUGGGGCAUGCUUCCCCAGAAAUUCUUGAAACAUUACUACAUUAUUGAAACAUUACUACAGUGGAACCUCUAUUCAGGGUAUAGCCUGCGAGCAAGCUCUGCAUUUGGGGGAAAUUGUGAAAAGUAGACGCACGAGAGGCAUGUGAGAGGAGAUGCGAAAGCAGGGGGCGGGGUAGCCUCCCCGCAGAUGUCCUUUGGGGUUCGUUUGUCACGCAUUCAUUUCUCCCCCACCGUACAUCAGAGGCACCUCUGAAACUAUUGCACGUAUAUUACAACCUUACAAUAUACAUGUUGCGCACAAACCGAUAACCACUUUACGGCGACUGCUUACUAAUGUCAAGGACAAAGACAAACCGGAGGACAGACAGGGAGCAGUAUACAAGAUCAAAUGCUGUGACUGCCAGGCUUCUUACAUUGGUGAAACCGGCAGAAACCUAACCACGUGACUGACCGAACACAAACGCGCGACGAGGAAUGGUGACGUCAACAAUCACAUUGCUGAGCACCAUUUAAAGACGAAACAUCAAAUUGACUGGGACUCUGCGACAUGUAUAACGUAUUCUACAGACUACUAUCAACGUCUUACUUUAGAAAGCUGGUUUACUAACUUCGAACAAACGCCACUGAAUCGUAGCCAAUAGUUACCAGCGCCGUACAAACGACUUAUUGACGAGAUCAAGCAAAACUAACUACGAGAGAACAACUGGAGAACUGACAAUUUGGAUCUAAACGUACCAAUCACUGAUUACGAGUCUUCAUAGCCAAUAACAUCACGCUUAACUGACAGACGACCUAUAACAUUGCGACAUAAUUGACCAAUCAGAUCAAUAACCAGAGUAUAAUACCAUCAACAGACGUGACACGACUCACUUUGACUCUGAAGAUGACUACCGCACAGGUUGUCGAAACGUCAGUCACUGUCAACAACAACAGUCCUAUUCAGGACUACGUUCAGGGCUCGAAGUUAACUUUUUAGUGCACUUCCAAAGUUUUGCUAGUAAGAUUUUUUUUCCACUAGCAAACUGGUGAGACCACUAGCAAAUUCUUUCCCUUUGUUUGGGAUACAUGGAUGAUUCUAACUCGCAAACGUUUGCAAGUGGAUAUUUUUUCUCUCUCGCAGGUUAUCAAAAUCACUCGCAUUUUGCGAGUUUGCGAGCGUUAAUUUCGAGCCCUGACGUUCACCCGGACGAUCAAACUCAACCUUUUGAAAUGACUCCUGGGUUCAAACCUUUCACAGAUAAAAAGAUUAUAAGAAUAUUUGCCUAGGGCCAAAUUUUGUGUCCCCUGAAUAGAGGUGUCCCUUCAACAGAUGCAACAGAUAAAAACAUUGUAAGAAUAAUUAUUUGCCUGGGGCCAAAUUUUGCAUCCCCUGACUAGAGGAGUCCCUUCAACAGGUGUAACAGAUAAAGAGAUUAUAAGAAUAUUUGCCUGGAGCCAAAUUUUGCAUCCUCCCUUCAACAGAUGUAACAGAUAAAAACAUUAUAAGAAUAUUUGCCUAGGGCCAAAUUUUGUGUCCCCUGAAUAGAGGUGUCUCUUCAACAAAUGCAACAGAUAAAAACAUUCAGAAUUAUUUGCCUGGGGCCAAAUUUUGCAUGCCCUGAAUAGAGGAGUCCCUUCAACAGAUGUAACAGAUAAAAAGAUUAUAAGAAUAUUUGCCUGGAGCCAAAUUUUGCAUCCCCUGAAUAGAGGUGUCCCUUGAAUAGAGGUAUCUGAAAGAAGAGGUUCCACUGUAUAAUAUUCUAUUUAUCAGUUCAAUUAAGAGCCAAUACUUAUAAAACAGAGGUAUGAUUUAUAUUUAUAUCAAUAAUAAUAAUAAUAAUAAUAAUAAUAAUAAUAAUAAUAAUAACAUCAUUCAUUAAGGAUAAACACAUAACAUUCAGAUACUGACAACAUUAUAGACCUUAAGACUCUAAUAGAAGUGACUAUAUCUAUAUACAUUGUAUGAUCAGAAAAACCCAAUUUAACCAGGAGAAGUCCUUUAUCAAAAUACCACCCAAUUUACUAGUUACAUUUUAUUUUGCUAUGCUAGUAGUAUUACCAAUGAAGGUUUACAAACGAACCUAAUCAAUCAAUCUUUCCUGUGGUAAUGACAUCCUUUAACAUAGCUGCCUCUCUAUUGUUGGAGCCACUCAUAAACAUGCAUCUAACAAUCCGCCACACCCUGUUCAAGACAAAUUGCUACAUUAAUUUUAACAUUUACUCCUAGGAGGAAAACCCCAGGCCCGUUGUACCACACAUUCAAUGACUUCCACGCCUGAGUCAGCAAACAUUAUUUUCCAAAACUAAAUCCAUUUUUAAAUUUAGUAGGUAACCAUUGAUAAUCAUCAUUCUCAUAAUCGGUCUACUGUAAGUCGUCUCCAACUGUCUUGCUCUUGGACAGCAUACACAAUGUCAUUGUCUGAGAAAUGCCAGAGAAUCCACUCCUCUGUUUUGGUGUAACCUCCCAACCAAGUGUUUUUACCAGAGCUUGUACAGUGUAUUUCGUCCCUUUCCGCAUCAAUGCCUGCUUGGUCAGAUCAUUGUCUCAAAUCUUACAAACGUGUAUUAACUAGCAGCUUAUUUAAACUAUGCUUGACUUCAUGAAAGCAGAAAAAAAACAAACAUCAAAUACAAUAAUUACUCAGGCUUACCAGUCAAGAUGCAGCUCCUGAAAGCCAUCAAGUAAGGCCAGAAUCACUUGAGACUUUUCAACCCUCUUAAAAAUACACAUCAAGCAAGGUGAAGUGAGUAGCGCAUUAAUUUUUAUAAAACAAUCAGAUGCAAUCCGAAAUCAGAUUUCCAAUUACUUUGACAAGAGGCCCACUUCUCAAACAAAAACCCAAUAAACAAAUCAGCCAAGAAAAACAGAAGAAUCUUGAUGGCAGAUGUAUUAAUUUUCAUUUUGUAAAUGCAGUGGAAAAAGAGUUAAAAACAUCACAAGAUGACACAAAACUCUGUCACCCUCAGCUAUCAGUAAACAAGACAGUUUCCAGAUGCAGCAUUUACCGCAUGAACUCACAGCCCACCAAUCAGAACAUAAAAAUUGGGCGUAGAGCAUGACCAAUGUGUGACCAUGGUGAGAAAAGUCAAAAGCAACUGCCUUCCCUGCCUGUAAUGGCUGGCUGAAUUUUUGCAUCCAAGGUCAGUUUGAAAUUAAAAUUUUACUAGUGUGGCUCAUAAACACAACUUAUUUCCUACGUAUUUUUAAAAAAAUUGAAAUUGAUUCUGGGAUCAUUAAUUUUGAAAACUAGCAACUUGUCAGCGGAUAACUUCAAAAAAUACUCGACCUCGCUGGGUCAAUACCUGAGCCCUCAAUACGGUCAGGUGAUACUGGUCAUCAGAUACCCUGUUUUGACAGCUGUCAAUUUAUCACAACAUGAAUGUGCAAUAUCAGGUUGCACCUGGGCUCCCAAACUACAUAUAGCUCGAAAGUGUGAGAUGGAUGGUCGGGCGGUUGGUGUAUGAUCAUGUGAUAACCAAAAUUUUCUCGGAUGGAUAGAUUUUCUUAGCUAUGGCGCUCCGCUAUUACCAAUAAAGGUCCACAAACCAACCUGAUGACUGGUGAUCUCUAAUUCCCUGAGGUAAUGAUAUCCUUCAGAUCAGUUGCCUCUCUAAUGUUGGAGCCACUCAUGAACAUCUGUUCAAGACAAAUCUUUAGUAUUCUUUUCUGCCUGAAAAAGAAAUAACCAAAGGUUAAGCAAAGCAAGUACAUCAUUGAUAAUUUGAGACUUUCUAGGUUAUUUUACUAUUACUAGGUAUACCUAUCGACAGAGUGCCAACGAGCAAAUCAAGCGUAUUUUGCAUAGGAAUGGAUUCCUCUUUUCCAACAUUUGACAGUUUCUUGGUCCCUUCUUGUAGCCUGUGAACAGGCCUUUAGUCGAGCGGGGUGGGGAGAGGGAAAAGCGAAAAGGCCUGUGGACAGACCUUUGGAGCCGCCGUUCCACGGCACCCGCUGUGCAUCAGAUCCUGAUGCAAGCUCCUAUUGACGAGAACACUGACUGUUGACAGGUCUGAUUGACAUCGGCUUUUCGGUCGGCACAUAGCACGCGAUUUGAUCACAGAGUGGCAAUAACAAAACAGUCCAAAGACUAUUACCACGGGGAGGAACUACGCGCUCCGGUCAAGAAACUCAAACUGUCUUUAAAAAAAACACUGAGCUGGAGUUUAUAGUUACCGAAGCACAAUGCAAUUCUCCAUAGCUGAUGUAGCUUCGGUUUAAGCUGCAUUUCAAUCUUACAAAAUAACCGUCUUUUAAAACAAUGACGAGCUGGGCCCAGCGUCAGAAUACAACAUUGCAGAAAAACAUUACAUUCACGGACUAAAGAAAAUCGCUUAGUUAUUCAGAUCGAGAAGGCACUUUGGAGAAAAGUAAGACCCUUAUUCAGCCGCAAUAAAAACCCGAAUAAAAAGCAGGGCAAAUCCUGUCGACCAGAAACAAAAACCACAGUAUUAAAAUCGAUGUGUAUGCCGUGACCUCUCAGUGUGAAACAAGCGGCUAAAAUCACAUUUGCUCAGUGAAAAUGUAGAACCUUCCAGAUAAUAAUCUACCCCGCAGAGGAAAAAACUUAUGGGAACAAGCAGCAUUUUGGCAUAAAGUAAAAGUCGUGUUGGCCUACCAUGUAAUUCCUGUCGGCGAUCGAAGCGCUGCUGAUCUCUUUGUACUUGUCUUCGAAGCUGCACGUUCUGGAGAAGUCAUGAUAGUAUCCGUACCUUCCGCAUUCCAAGUACGCUCAUUGCAGCGGCUUGUUAAAUUACAAACCGAACUAGCAAGACGAACGGCUUAUUAAUCCUCUUACCGGAGAUCAACGACUUUUUGCAAAACCAACAAUGAGGUUCAUGCUCCAUUUCACUUUGUUUUCAGACAGAGCAAAACACUACUCAUUUCCUGUUAUUUUCCCAGGAGUUACUCACGCGCGAAAUUGAUUGACCGAUAACGAUCCUACUGACAGAUGAUCGGCAGGAUAAUUACAAGAGGCGGAAUAGCGGCCUCAAAUGUUUGUCUACAGGCUCUCUCCCCCCUUUCCCUUUUCUUUCCUCGCUAUUUUUCCCCAAACAGAGAGCCUGUUCACAGGCUACCCUUCUUGUUGAAAGGAUUAUUUCCUUAAAACGGAGGUGCUAUGCAAGUAUAAACUAGGUUCGGAGAAGAGUCAGUCCUCGAGACUGCUGUGGCUUUACGAACCUGCUAUAUAAAAGUUUAAGGUGUCAUGAGGCAUACUUUUUUGAAAGAAUAAACCAGCUUGCAGAGGAAGCGAUCGGUAAUAUUUAGGGGGAAAUUUAAAAAAUGAUCGUUUCUCUCACCACUACAAAAUUAGUGUCGGUUCGGUUUCACUUUGUAGAUAAAUAUUUGUGCAGUUUAAUCAUUUAAACCUCCUCUAAAAUUUCCCGAGGCGUUUUGUCGAGUUCCCGAUUGAAUUUUAGAAUGAUUCGCUGCGCUGCUUGAAAUGUUUUCAAGGACAUGCGAUGUACGGCACGUCGGUAUUUUGUUUUCACUUCGGCCAGGUUUCGAAAAAAAAAUAGCGUUGUUUUCUUUUCCUUCGUCCUUCGCUUUAGGCUUGUAAUUCUUUUUUAUUCUUAUUUUUCCAUUUGCUGGUUAGAUUUUUUCCCCAACAUCAGAUUUUCCUACAGAAGCGACUAUAUAUUCUUCGUAUCAAGCUUUCCUUAUCUCCUGGUGUAAUCUGAUCGUUUUGCUUGUUUCACAUGGAAAAUUAAACUGUUGUUUUACAAGCUUCUCUUCGUUAAAACCUUACAUUAAUGGCCCCCCAAAUUAAUACAAUGCAUCAAGUUUUCAUUUUCCUUGACUGCCGGGGCCAGAUUUUGGUGAAUAAACAAUAACAGCAUACCACAUUCACGUUCAGUCUUUGCGUGCCGCUGAGGAAAGAACACAUGUGCGCCAACUAUAGUUUGCCGCCUUUUGAUUGGCUGAAACUGUCACACCACUUGGUCUCAGGGGAAUCUACAUUACAUGAGGUUACACUUUUUGAAGCUCAAUCGAGAAUUUUUCUGCCUACAGCCGAGUCUUACGCGGCUCUAUUCUGCUGCUGCCUCACCAUCCGAGCGUCUUCGCUCGGAUGGCUCGUUGGCAAUUAGUAGCAUGCGGACAUACAAAGGGUUUAUUCUAGAGCGCAGCCUUGCAGGAUUUCUGCAAUGUGGAAAAAAAAAUUAAUAUGCCGCAUAAAAUUUACGUUGCUGCAUCAAAUGGGCUGCAAAAAAAAGCUAAUGAUUAGGACUGUUUUUUUGAAAGAAACUUUUCAUCUACGUUUGAAAAGAAUUAGAGUCAUUUUACCUCAUGUUCAGUACUUGCAAGACUGUGAAUUAUGAUGAUUUCAAUAAACGUUCGUUUCUCAUGGAACAGUCUGUACAAAUAAAUUCAAAUACCUUUUGGGGGACCCCCUUUCUUGAAAAAGGGCCCCCUAAAAUUACAGAAGGGGGCCCAUUUGACCCUCGUUGGCUAAUUUCUAAAAUAAACCCUGCAUACAGGAUUCAGUUAUGCACAAAAAACAUACAAAGCAACUGUUGUACUGUGAAGAAGGAUGUUUUUUUUUGUGGUGAUGGUGGUGGUCGAUAUGACAUCUGGUUCCUCUUGAAAGCUGUUGGUUUCAAACUACAGUUGAACCUCCACUAAUGUCCAACUCCCCACAAUGGCCACUUCUCUACAGUGGGUACAUCCACAAUAGGGAUCUUCAAUCCUGCCAUACUGACCAAAAUUUUCCCUUCAUCCCAAAAUCCCAAACGUUUAUCGCAAUCACAAUCUCGGUAAAAUCUAUUCAUUGCAUUACAUCACAUUAUGAUGUCCACGCCUCAUCGUAAUAUUAUUAUAGCCUGUGUAGCAGGCGCACGAGUCUUCGAUAUUUCUCCUAUCACCUAAGACCGCAGGGGCGGAUCCAGGAUUUAUUCAAAGAGGGGGUUGUAAGUAUGAGAGUAAAAUUUUCACCAUCUGGAAUCCCCGAUCUCGGCACUUUAAAGCAACAAUUUCCUGAACCCCACUUCGUAAUAACGCUAAAUCCCGCGGCCAAUCCAUAAAUAAAAUCCCGAAUCCCCCUUCCAUAUUUCUUUAAAAUCCCAAAUCCCAGGCUCCAAAAAGGCUAAAUCCCAGAUCCCAAAACACCCACUGGGGACACUCUCUACAAUGGCCACUUAUUUUAAUUGCUUCUUGUUAACGGCCACCUUUGACAAAGGCAAUUGCCACUUAAGUGGUCCCCAACUAUCAGUUUUUUCAGCUACUGAUGAAAAAGGCAAGAAAGGUCAUGAAAUUUGAUUCCUAUAGAGAGGAGAAGGCGUUAUAUCACGUUGCCAUGGUAGCAAAAUUUUUGGAUGACAACAAACCGAUAAAGCCACUUAAAAGUCUAUUACUUAAUGAUUAUACCGGUAAUUAUUUUCAAAGGACAGAAUAAUAAAAAGAACUUCUAAGGCUUCACUAAACUCAUUGAACGUCCUAGAAUGCAAAGCUAAUGACUUUGUACUGUGCUUUGAACGUCCUGGGAUGAAAUUUCCAACAACUUUCAACGACCUGGACUAAUACCUUUAAUGGUUUCUCAAAUGCUUCUAAUGGUAAGCUAUACUUUCUCACAGUUUUACUAACAGCUUCAACGCUUUUCAAAGUCGUUUUAACACUUAGUUAACAGGUUCUUGAUGCUUUUAGCCGUUAAACGGAAAACCGUUAGUGUACAUUUUCUUGGCGACCACAAUUCUUUAGCACAGGCAAUUUCAAGGGCUCUUGCUGAAUCUCUGCCUUCCCAUUGAGAUUCCAGUGGAAGGACCACAAACAUGGCUGAGUUGUCUGGUCCUCUAAUCUCAGCUAUGAAUUCAACUAAGUCUCCGGCGAAAACUUGCCUGUAGUGGUUGGGGGCUCUUGUGGUGGUGCCAAACCAUUUGUGGUGGCUCCUGGUUAUGCUCAAGUCUAAUAUAAGUUUGUUUCUAAAAUUACGAGUAGUGUAGAAGCUGCUAGGAAGGUCUCUCCUAACUGGUCGCAGGAAACAAUGACAGCUGUUAUGUGACCCAAACUUACAGCAGGGAUUUUAGAAGACCUGGCCGACCUCCAACCAGACAGUAAUUAUCCGAGCUCAAGAAAUCAGUCCCAAACAUUUUGGGAGGGAAAACUGGUGGUAUCGGGUCUAAGAAACGGGUCAUUGAAAUAGCAGACUCUUUGCCACACCUUCCCCUCUUGCUGGAAAGAUUUAAACCACUACAAGCUACUCAUUAUUCAGACAGCAAGGUGCUUCUCUGACAAAGUGGUUUCACUAAGACAUCGCCUUCAGAAAAGAAGCAGCAGUCUCGGGUUCAACCGAGUAGUCUCACAUGCACCCAGACCUCUACAAUUUUCACACCAGAUCUCUGGCUACCACUUCAGCCACUUUAGGCUCCUCAAAUUCUUCUGCCUUGUCACUAACAGAGCCUUCGGCGUCUUUAGGUAAUCACCAGUCUUGCCACUAUAGCAACUCCUGGAAUGAUGGGUGCCCUUUGGCCACCGCCGGUUUCUUCACUCCUGCAAAACAAGCCUUGGGAACCACCCACUGCCCUGACCAUUCAGCAUGGAGCGAAUGGUACCACUCCUCUUCUCUGUCAAAGGGGGGUCAACACUAUCACUAGGUCACCUCUCCUAGCCAAUUCACCUGUACAGUACAUAGUUUUGAUUCUGUUCUCUUUGGUUCUCAUGAUAACUUUUCAGCUCCUUCUGUUUUACCCUCCCAGCAGCAGGGUCUGCCAAGUUCUGGUCAUUUGUUGCAUUAUCUGGCCGUUUGUCCGUUAAGACCAGUUUCUCAGCUUACUCCCAUUACAGUGGAUAGAUUCCAGCAUGAACUCCACCUUCAUCCUAACCCAGACAAAGUUGUGUACGUGGUCCAAGGCCUUGGUGAUGGUUUUCACCUUGUCUUCAAUUACAGUACUUCCUUGAAGUCAGAGGCAGGAAGUUAUAUUAUAUGGCUUUGGCACUCCUAAACCCUCAUGUCAUUGACAAUUACUUGCAAUUGGAAAUUCAGACAGGCAGGGUGGUGGGCCCCUUCACUUAGCCUCCCUUCCCUGUCCUCCAUGUGAACCCUUUCAACAUCAUCCUCCAACGCCACCAACCUGGGAAAUCUCAUCCUUGACCUGUCAAGCCCUACUGGCCACAGUGUCAACGAUGGGAUUGCGGGCGAGGAUUUUUCUCUACAGUACAUGAAGGUAGAUAAGAUUAUUGCAGCCAUAAUGUGGCUGGAGCGGGGUCCUCUUAUCGCAAAAAUGAUAUUAAUUUGAUGUGUAAAAUGCAUACUGCAUUGUGCCAGUCCAUACAGAGGAUCGCUGGUUGUUGGAUAUGAAAUGGUGUGGUGCCUUUUAUGUCACCUUCCUGAUGCAUUACCCCGUAGUUGAUGACUUUUACACUCUUGGCCCUCCUGGCUCUUCUGUCUCUAAACACAAUCUGAACAGGUCUGUUGACUGUUUUUAUAAGCUUUGCAUCCCCUACAUCCAGACAAACAAGAAGGGCUGCAGAUGUGCCUAACAAUCCUAAGCAUUGAACUGGACUCUCUUAAUCUGCAGGUACAUUGUAUGCCUUCCUCAGGACAAAUUUGAUAGGAUAACUGCCUUGUUGGAGGAAUGGUCACAAAAGUCAUGGUGUAAAAGCAAGCAACUGGAGUCUCUAAUAGGUCACCUUCAGCAUGCCUGCAAGGUCAUAUUCCAAGGUCACUCUUUCUUGAGUUGAAUGAUCAACCUGCUAUGAGCUUUUUGCCGCGAUGACCACCCGAUUUGUCUCAAUCAGGAGUCCUUUCUUGACCUAGCCUGGUGGCAAGAGUUUUUCAAGUCUUGGAAUGGUUGCAGCUUUCUUCAGUACCUUCAGUGGGCUCCACUGCCCUACUUCGAGGUUCCUUCAGAUGCCUCUGGAGCUCUUGGUUAUGCAGCAGUUUUACAGGGUCACUGGUUUUCAGUCAAAUGGCUUCCUACACAGGUCUCUCAGUCAAUUGAGUACAACCCAGAUUCUGCAGCUGCUCCUCUUGGAUUUGGAUAUUUGCAGGCAGAUAAAUGCCACCUCUAUGUGCUUCUGGGUCUUGCCCCUUCUACUUGGAAAGUUUAUGCCUCUGUCUAACACUGCUUCUUGAAUUUCUGUGCUCAGAACAAUAGCCUAUCUGGAUCAGCUAUCAGCCAGUGAAGACGUGCUCAUCCUUUUCCACUGCCAUCUUGCCAAUGCUCUCCCAGCAUUCAUCCAUAAAGGUUUACCUUUUAGAAAUCUGAUCCCUUCCCCGCUGGUUGGUUGCCUUCAGUUACACCGUGUAUUGCAGGGUAUCAAACGUCACCAAAGCUCUAAUAAGUGUCAACACCAACCCAUCAUAAUCGAGCUGAUGCACAUUUUUUCCCAGUCCUUGAACUUCUCUGACUACAACCAUACAAUGCUUUGGGCUGCCUGCUGUCUUGGGUUUUUGGGUAUCUUAUGUACAUGUACUGGUGAGUUCACCGACAAUUCCCACUUCAAUCUCAACAUCCACAUUGCUGUCAGCGAUGUCCACAUUAACAUUAAGUACUCUACGAUGGACCCCUUUCGCAAAGGUUGCUAUAUCCACAUUGGUGCUGAGAAACAUAAUCUCUGCCCCAUGAGCCCCCUUACCCAGUAUAUACAUUUUCGUGGCUCAACGUCUGGCCCACAUUUCAUUCUAUCUGAAUUGACAAUUGCUGAUAUCUGGUAUUCAAUCCACCCUCUCUGCUGCUGGGGUCCCUGGUUGCUACAUUGGUCAUAACUUCUGCAUUGGCACAGUCAUUUCAGCAGCCUCUUAUGGCUUACCAGAUCACCUCAUCAAGAUACUUAGCAAAUGGUCCAGCGAUGCAUAUCAGAUCUAUAUUCACACUCUCAUCAGUACUAUUAUGGGGUCAAAAGCCUACUCACCUGACAGGUUAUUUCUUGCAUAUCUUUCUCUCUUUCUUGUUAUUUUUGUAGGGUGCUGCGGGACUUUGGUAGUUCAGGGCCAGGGCUUGCAGUUGAGGGCUUGCAGUCUGUAAGGCAUUGUUUAUAAAGUUAAGGUUUUUCUGAAAAUAGUCUACCUCUUCUUUGAAUGUGUACCGCCGUGGGGAAAAUUAUUGUCGUCAAACUGCCGAGAGGGUAGUGUGGUUUAUCAGUUGCAAGGAAUGGUCACUAAAAGAAAAAGGGAGAGUCCUUGUGCAGCAGUUUGGUGCAACUGCAUCCUAUUUGCCUUACUCAAAGUAAGUGAAAGGCAGGCUACUGCUGAGUAGAUUCAUAACAAUGUCACAAGGUCUUGAUUGAUAGCCUAGAGAGUACAGCUGGUAAUUACUGUACGUUGCAUCCGUGCAGUUCAGCGCUAGUACGUGGAAAUAGAAUACUGGUAAAAAAUGUUUUUCAUCAAACCUGCCAUUAGAAAGUUUGUAGCAGUCAGGUAUCUGCAGGUACCUUGAUCUACUCUCACUAGACAGGGGGUUCAUUAAGGUUUUGAACAGGAGGGCAACUGAGUUUGACACCUGGGCAAAGAAUUGGCAAGGCCCAGAGGGCCUUGCUCCCAAGGGGGGUCUGGGGGCAUGCUCCCCCGGAAAAUUUUGAAAUUCUAUAGUCGCAGGGAUGUGUUUUCCUGCAUUUUGAAGCUGCAGACAAUGACUUUCAACAACCAAAAAAAGAUAACUUUUCUAGACAAUUUAAUCAUGAUUUGAAUCACAAAAGUAUUAGUUUAACAACUUAUCUUUAAAAUUUCAAUGACUAGAUGGGAGGAGCACCGUGAACGCACGUGAACGCACCGAAAAUUAAUUCAUUGGCGUAAACCAUAAAACGAAAACAAAUGACGCUUCGCUUCGUUGAACAUGAUAAUUGAGCCAUUCAAUAUUAUACAGGCAAGUAAAAGGUUAAAUCACAAAGAAGUCUACUCACCUCUUGGCCUUUUCUCUACUGGAGGCCCUUUGGUUGAAGCCGAAAAAUAAUCUGCUAUCGAACACGUUCUUUUCUGGGCUGCCAUGCUCACGUGCUCGCAACACUGAUACAUUUCAGGUGGUCGCUUAUGAAGCACAGUUCUUUUCACAAUGUGUUAUCGGGCAAUUCUUCUUUUUAACACAUAACGAACAAGGGGAUUUCAUGCCGCGUGUAAAAAAGUGGAAAUUGCACGGCAAAGUAUGUUUUACACUCGAUAAGACUCACGAUUGUAACUUAAAACUGUUUUUGAUCGUUCCUUGUAUUAAAAAGAAGUUCUUUGAGAUGUAAAGCAGCUGGGCAAAGUCGUGUUCACAAUUUGCCAGGUGCCCGGCCCUUAAUGAACCCCCUGAGUAGACUCUAGUUUGUGCAGCAAGGUCUCUUCCAUAGGGACUAGAAUUAUUGAAUGGUUCUUGGUAAGUUGGAGACUCAUAGCCACUAUAAGACUGGAGUACAUGUACGCUAUUGUGUAGCUUUGAUUUGGUAGCACCUGAAGUAUAGUGCACCAUAGUCUGCUGUAGUGUAGAAUGUUAAGUUGCCAUUGUGUGAGUAGUCUGUUUUUUAAUUGGCAGUGUAAUUGGGGCCUUGGCUCCAUCCAUCACAGGUCUCCACAGACCAUAGGUCUUCAUACAAUGUCAUGUAGGUUGUUAGCAAUGUUAAAACAUUUGUCAAAUUUUCCCGCGAAGCAAUUCAUGGUGAACAAAACAUUCGUUAAAUUUUGGAGAUUAAAAAAAAAUGGUAAGGGGCUGAGACUAGGGAAAUACUUCUCAAAAGAGAAUACACUUCUCCAGUGUUAAUCUAAGUCCUCUACCUGGAAUCGCAUUUUUAAGACAAAAAAUUUAAUUAUCCUUUAAAAGCAUUAAUUUUAAAAGACUCUCUGACACACUAACCUGAAAUACACUUACAUGCACGUCUGUCUGCAUCCAGUGCUUAAAACAACACUAAUCAUGUACCAGUGCAUAUAAAAUGUAGCAACCAUUUCUUGUCUGUUGGAAGUUAAGGAAAAAAUGAAACAGUUUACAUACUGUGUACAUGUAAGAAACUUAUUAUCAAACAAAAUGCAGAAGGACGUUUGGGUCAUUAUAUGUUUCUGGGCCAGAACUGCCUGCCUACCCCUCCACUAAGCCAACAGUUUACCCUUGAAAAGUUAGUGUUAAUGUUGGCCAAGGGGUCAGGGAUACAUGUAGGCGGGCAGCUUCCCAAAAACGUAUAAUGAUCUGGAAGGUUUAACACUAAAUUAAUUACGAAUGGCUAAUUUUAAUAGAAAAGGCCCCAAAAAUAGGUUCAGUCAGCUGGUUACUUUUUUCAGCAUUCAUCAAACCUUUACCUUUAAAACAAACCAGCCGAGGGGUAGUUUCAAAAAGGAAGCACUCAAAAACGAAGACCAAAGCACACACUGAGCACAAAACAUCCAAAUCUCAAAAACAAUUUAAAAAAGGCUUAAAAAGGUGGAUGAACCUUUAUUGACAUAAUAGCUCAUAAUUAUUUAAACUGUAAACAUUUUCACCUUACCUAUCAUUCUCACUAUACCAUUUUGUACCUACACUAACAAUUUUUACAUGUACUUUUUUAUAGGGAUAACCUUGUGUUCCUCUGUUUCAAAUAUGUAUCAUGUUUAAAUGUAAAUGUCUUUGAAUAAAGUAUAACUAUAAAGACUUGAUGUUUCAUGUAUUUCUGAAGGAUCCUUGCCUACGGUUAGUUUCUCCACAGUCCACUUUCUAAUGCAUUUUCAUUUACUAUAACUGCUCAAGAAAAAUCUUUUGGGUUUAGUUUUAGUCUCUAACUAAAUCACAAAUCGUUCUUGUCUUCACCGUCCUUUUCUUGAAGUUUGCAGUAGAUCUGGUGGCCCUAAGAAGGCCUCCCUUUCAAACUUGGAUCGCAAGUGUGUAUGACACUGUUAUAAGGCAGUUACAGAAAUCACCUUAUUUAGGUAAGGGCCGCUUACACCUAAGAGUUAUUGUUGAUCACUGCAAAUUUUGGGGGGUUUUAAUUCUUUUUAUCUUGCAAGCAGAUCCUGGGAGGGGGGUACUCUGGAUUUCAAGUGACAGCAACACUUGAAAGAUUUUUCUGGGUUUGAAAUUUUCGGUUUUGGGAUGCUUUUGGAUAUGAAAAUUUUGGCAAGAAUCUCUUGGGGUACUAGCUUGAUUUUAAGAAGGGACCUUUUUGGGUGUUCAAAAUUAAAUGGUCCUAUUUUUGUGUUAUAUCAUUUAAUGCUUUCUGGAAAAUUUUUAUGGUUCGGAAAUUCGGUUUCGGAUUUUUGGGGAGUUAAAUUUUGGUGCAGGGAUUUUUUUGGGUUUUGAUUUUUGCCUCCAUUCGAUCAUCCCUGGCACUUGAAAUCCGGAGGUCCACCCCCCCCAGGAAGCAUAUCAGGUUCAAUUUCAUUCAUUUCCUGCAUGAAUUUCUAUGGUAGUUCUUGGACCAAAAAUGGGCCAAAGGAACAUGAAAACAUAAUAAUUUUUAUGUGAUCCUCCAUAUGAUUUCAGGGACAAAGGUGAUAACACGCUCACACCACAAUUCCACUUAAAGCAAAAGAAAUUGACUUUCACAUGCUUACAAAGCACACUAGAGCACACUUUAAUGAGGCUAUGGUUUUGUCUCACAUAACACACUAAAAACAAUAAAAGGUGCAUCAUAGAACAAUGAAGCGUGAGCAGCCUAACACGGAAAGUGUGUUUACUUUUGAUAACAAAAGCUAGCGUGCAAGAAGACACCAAACUCAAGCGAGCAACUUAGUGUGCUACAUGUACAUCGCAUGCAAACUUACUGGAUGAGAAGUGAAAGUAACAUUAUUGUAACACAAUCAUUGUACAGGCAUUCUUAUGUGAAAGCCAAAGCUCUUAUCAGUAAAUAAUUAGUCAGCUUCAUGAUCAGAAAAACAAAGCUGAAACAUUUUCUACAAAGGAGUCAAGGAUUUAAACCAGACUCUUUGAAUUUCGGCUCAAGUGGAGCCUGUUUUUUUUCCCAAACAUCACAAACGUAUUUCUUUUAGCUUUCUUUGAGAGCACCUUCAAUUUUAAGGUAGUAAUAAUUCUGAACGAAUUACCUCAACCGUAUAACAUGAGCUAACACAUCAAUAUAACCAAGUUGUUGAUGAAUCAUAAAACUUAAGCUAGAAAAUUAUUAUUAUGAAGUCUAUCUUUUGAAGUGUAGAAAGUGUGUUUACUUUUGGAGCAUAGCCUGUGAAGGUAGAUGUACAUAUUUGUGUUCUUCACAUGUGACAGGUUGAAGAAAGAUUGAAAUACAGCUGCCGAGAAUCUUUUUCUGGUUUUAACUGUAAUGUUUUUGCGAUAGGAUAAAACCGCAAAGCGCACUACAAAAAAGACAAAGAUAACACAGAAUAAAUGAUCUGAGAAAUCUCUGAGUGUACCGUUAAUGUAGCAAGACAAAACACUACUGCUUUGAUUGUUACAAAUCGAUACAUGUCACAUGUAAUCUGAAACCUCUCGCUUUCACACACAUCAAAAGUUUUUUCUAGACCUAAUACAUACAACAGUAACCUAACAUUUUUAAAAGCAAGGGGAAACAGUCAUGAUUAUAAUACAGUGAAACCUGUAUUAGGCGGACACCAUAUUAAGCGGACACCCUCUAUUAAGCGGACACUAGCCGAAGUCCCCAAAUUUAUUUCCCUUAUUUUCUUUAAAUGAAACCUUUAUUAAGCCGACACCUCUAUUAAGCGGACGCGGACACCUAAAAAGUACCUGAAAUGGUCAUUUCUAUUGUUGCCAACCUGUAUUAAACAGACACUUGUAAUCAAAUUCCACCACCCAACACACUAGACACCGGAAAUGCGAUAGAUUGCCUCGAAUUGCCACCCACAAUUUUUUCGAUUUCACAUUAAAAAACAUGACUUGGCGAGCUUAUUUGAUUAGUUUCACAGUACAGUAUUGUUUUCUUUUUCGUUUUGUUUGUAUAGAGCUCGUUUCAGUCGUCUGAUUUCUUCAAAUUUGAGUUGCAAUCUAUGUUUAUGGUACUAUGAUCAAUUGGUCCACUUUGAUAAAGAAAUUAAUGCAAAACGUACAUCACCACAGUCUCUGUGAGUAUUCUAAACGUUUCCAUUGUUCAUUUGAAUGGCAUUUGACACCUCAUAUGACGUUAUCUAUCAAAACCUGUAUUAGGUGGACACCCUGUAUUAAGCGGACACUACAGCAUUCCCCGAGGGUGUCCGCUUAAUACAGGUUUCACUGUACUGAAGGUUUUUCUAAGACUUGUGGAUUCAUUUGAGAUCAUUUUUAGACAAGAAAAUUAAUAUCAUCUGCACUACAGCAGAAGUCUCAGAAGCGAAUUUCAAGUGCUUGUUUGUUUACUUUUUAUCGGUGGACAUUUUUUGCCUAAAGCUGGCGAUCAAAUGUUUUACCUUUUCAUUGCAAAAGUGCAAAAAGAGCAGGGAAUUUUGUUGUUUGUUCACUGGAAGUUGGCAUGA